AAUGCAAAGCAAGAGAGAUCACUGUCUUUCACUGAAAUGGAUGAAUCUCUACUAUUGCAGAUAAAACACAUUUAUUACCCUUUAAUUUCAGCUGUUGGAGUUCCAGUAAACCUGGUGGCUAUUGUGAUCCUUUACCGAGGAAAGUGUGGCCUCUCGCAAUGUAUCACUUCCUACCUAUUAGGAAUGGCAGCCUCUGAUCUUCUUGUCGUGAUCACUGAUCCUUUAUUGAGGUGGUCAGCCUCAAUUUAUUUUGCAAAUUCCUUCAUAUUCAUUACUCCUGUGUGCAUUGUCAUUUAUUUUUCGGCUGUGGCAGCCACUGUUGUUUCUGUGUGGCUCACAGUUGCUUUCACUGUGGAUCGAUUUGUGGCCAUUUGUUGUGAGAAGCUGAAAACAAAAUAUUGCACCAAGAAAACUGCAACUGUGGUGAUAGCAACAGUGAGCUUGCUGGGCUGUUUGGAGUCUGUCCCAUGGUGCUUUGUAAAGGAACCAGAAUAUGUAAUUAAUAAUGUUCCCUGGAAUUGUGUAACAAAACAGAGCUUCCAUACAUCCCCUGGAUGGGCUGCACUAGAAAUGAUUCAUUACAUUUUAACACCUUGCAUCCCUUUCUUUUUAAUUUUUGUAUUCAACGUUUUAACAGUCAGACAUAUUUCUGUGGCAAGUAAAGUACGAAGAGGACUUCGGAGCAAAAGCUACACAGAUGAACACAACGAUCCAGAGAUGAAGAGUCGCAGAAAAUCAGUUAUUUUACUCUUAAGCAUUUCUGGCAGUUUCAUCCUGUUAUGGGUGUUACACAUAGCGCAUAUCAUCUACCGGCGAAUUGCAGACAUGCUAACAUAUUACACAUACACUGACCCUAACUUCACCAUAUACCGCAUCUCAAAGAUGUUGCAAGUACUCAGCACCUGCACGAACACGGGUAUUUAUGUUGUAACCCAGAGUAAAUUCAGAGAGGAGCUGAAGAAUGGGGUGAAAUACCCAUUCAAUCUCAUUGUUAAACAUCUGUCAACAGUCACACAGAAACACCUGUAACAUUCUCAAUUUUUUUGUCCCUCUCAGCAUCAAACAGUCUCGACCAAUACAUGAAUAAUUUCUCUCGGUCGGAACCUCUCUGCACUGUGCACUGUGUAUAUGCACACACACACGCACAGGCGCGCGCGCGCACACACACACACACACACACACACACACACACACACACACACACACACACACACACACACACACACACACACACACACACAUGGAUUGAACAGUGGAGUAAUAUAAACACAGAAAGUAGGAUUGGGGGUAGUGCAUUCAGUGCUUCAAGCCCACUCUGCCAUUCAUCAUCAUUAUGACUGCUCGUCAAGCUCAGUCCCCUGUGCCUGCUUUCUUCCCCAUAGCACUUCUCCACAGUGUUGAAGAGAUCUCUCUUUAAUAUCUUUAAAGUUCUAUCUUUAAAUCUAUCCUCUUCCUGAAAACAGUCGAUGUUUUCUUCUUGACAGUUUUCUGUGGCAAAGUACUCCACAGGCUUACCUAUUACCUGGUUGAAGAAAUUGCUCCUCAUCUCAAAAUGAAAUUAUGAAGGAAAUGAGUAAAGUAAAGAGAAUGCCCACGGAAUAUACUUAUAUUGAAAAUUAAAGACAAUGCCAAGAUGUCUCCUCAACAUAAAUGACCAAGUCUUCCAGUUUUAAGAUUGUUAGAUAGGGCGUGGGCCACAGGUAGGAAUUGGGAUCCUGUGGGCACUCCUGAUAUUCAUUUGGGGAUCACUGCUGCUGCUGAGCAGAUCCAGGUGAUUGUCCCAAAUCUUCUCACCUCGGGAUCAUUAGAAAUCAGAUCCAUGGCUGAAAAUUUGAAUUGGAUGACAUUGGAAUCAUUUUCUGUCUCUCGGUCAAUUUUUGAGAAGGCUGAAAAACAGCUGGUUGCUGCUUUUUUGUCACAUCUCCUUUAAAACAAUUGAUUCAACCAAAGCUCAGAGAGUUCCUAAGUUCAAUCACUGGUCUUGCCAUUGUCCUUCUCUUUCCCCAAACUGCUCAAACACGGCAUUGCUUCCUUUUCCCCUGCUGACACUCUCCAUUUAAAAAGCAGGGAGAUGCGUAGGGUUUGGCGAGGGAUACUAAAUGGUCCCCUAGAAUUCCCUACUUUGGGAAUACAUUGACAUUGGUCUUGAGUAGGACCACAUCUAAUUUCUGACUUGUUCCCCCGUUGGCUUCUGCUGUUGCUGAUGUCUGAUUUGGUUGUAAACUGGAAAAAGAGAGGCAGACCCUUGCGAAGGGAGUAUGGAGAGUCUGUUCAGGCAGACAGCGAGAGAACAGGAGGACAGCCAGAGAUUCAAGUACAUAGUAGAAGCCCCUGAUGCAGAAAGAGAGAUAAAGAGCGAUAGAAAGAAAAAGAAACACAUAGCAGAACCAGUAAGGUAGAAGGGUGAAGAGGGAUACCAGGCACAGAGACUGAUAACGAGAUGAAGACAUAUUGACUGAUUUAGAGAGAUGGAAAGGCAGACAAACAGACAGCGAGGGAUAGAAAGGCAAAGAGACAGAUAAAGUGAGAUCAAAGCACAUAGGCUGAUAGAGAGGAAGAAAGAAAGAUGGUUAAAGAGAAAUAGGAAGGCAGAGAAACAGAAAAGAGAAAUAGAAAAGCAGAGAGUCUCAGCAGGAGAGACAGAAUGUCAGAGAGCCUGCUAAAGAGAUAGAAAAGGCAGAGACAAGUA